AUGGAUCCCCAGGAGCUGCAGGAGCUGCAGCAGGAGGUGAUGGAGGAGCUGGGGAUCUCCAUGGAGGAGCUGCAGGAGAUCAUUGACAAGGAGCUGGAGAAGUUCGAGUGCGUGAGGCAGCGGAAGCAGAAGCUGCAGGGGCCAAGCUCAUCUUGUCUUCCCCCAUCUCCACCCUCCUGUUCCCCCCCCAGAGCCAUUGAUAAGUGUGAGGUCCUGGUGAAGGAUCUUUAUUCCAAACUGGGCCUCCAGUACCGGGAGAGCAGCUCGGAGGAGGAGGACUCAGCCCAGCCCAUGGAAGUGAUUGAGAUCCUGGACGAGGAGGAUGAGGAUGUGAAUGUCAUGAGCAUCGAAGUCACCAAGAGCAGCACCAGCAAUCCCAGGAUCCCCAGGGAUCACACUCUGCUGAGGGAGGCCAUGGCUGCCAUGAGGAAAUCUGCCCAGGAUGUGCAGAAAUUUAUGGAUGCUGUGAACAGGAAAACAACAGCCCAGGAGGCACAGAAAGAUGCUCAGAGCCCUCGGGAAGCUCCAGGCCCUGUCCAGCCCCCUCCUGCAGCAGCUGGGGGUGAGCUCAGCACCGAUGGGGACCUGAGUGUGGGCAUGAGGAUCCUGGGCAAGAAGAGGACCAAGACGUGGCACAAGGGGACCCUGAUCGCCAUCCAGACGGUCGGUGCUGGCAAGAAGUACAAAGUGAAGUUUGACAACAAAGGGAAGAGUUUGCUCUCGGGCAACCACGUGGCCUAUGACCUGCACCCCCGGCCCGAGCAGCCCUGCGUGGGCAGCCGCGUGGUGGCCAAGUACAAGGAUGGCAACCAGGUCUGGCUCUAUGCUGGCAUCGUGGCUGAAACCCCCAAUGUGAAGAACAAAGACAGGUUCCUGAUCUUCUUCGACGACGGAUACGCUUCCUACGUCAAGGAGUGGGAGCUCUACCCCGUCUGCAGGCCACUGAAGAAGGCCUGGGAGGACAUUGAGGACGUUUCCUGCCGGGAUUUCAUCGAGGAGUACAUCACAGCCUACCCCAACCGGCCCAUGGUGCUGCUCAAGAGUGGGCAGCUGAUCAAAACCGAGUGGGAGGGGACCUGGUGGAAAUCCAGGGUGGAAGAAGUGGAUGGCAGCCUGGUCAAAAUCCUCUUCCUGGACGACAAGCGCUGCGAGUGGAUCUACCGCGGCUCCACGCGCCUGGAGCCCAUGUUCAGCAUGAAAACCUCCACGGCCUCCACCCAGGAGAAGAAGCAAAGUGGCCAAGCCAGGACCCGUCCCAACGUCGGUGCUGUCAGGAGCAGAGGCCCCGUGGUUCAGUACACCCAGGAUCUGACAGGAGCUGCUCCCCAGUACAAGCCCGUGGAGCAGCAGCCAGUGGCCUUGCUGGCCACGCGUUCCAUGUCCCCUGCUGAGAUGGAGUGCCCUGACAGUCAGCUGGCCCAGUCGAGGAAGCAGGUGGCCAAGAAAAGCACGUCCUUCCGUCCCAGCUCCGUGGGCUCCGGCCAGUCCUCGCCCCCGCCACCUGUCCCAGGGGACACGGCCCCAGCAGGGAGGAGCAGCACGACCCAGCACCGGUGAGCAGGGCUUGGUGGCACCUGGCUCCCGGCACAGCCCUUCCACGGCAUGAUGGACCGCGUGCCCAACGAGCCGUCCUACCGCGCCCCACUGGAGAAGCUCUUCUACCUGCCCCACGUCUGCAGCUACACCUGCCUGUCCCGGGUCCGGCCCAUCUGCAGCGACCAGUACCGCAGCAAGAACCCGCUGCUCAUCCCCCUGCUCUACGACUUCCGGCGCAUGACGGCACGGCGCCGCGUCAACCGCAAGAUGGGCUUCCACGUCCUCUACAAGACCCCCUGCGGGCUGUCCCUCCGGACCAUGCAGGAGAUCGAGCGCUACCUGUUCGAGACAGACUGUGACUUCCUGUUCCUGGAGAUGUUCUGCCUGGAUCCUUACGUCUUGGUGGAUCGGAAGUUCCAGCCUUACAAACCUUACUACUACAUCGCGGACAUCACCAAGGGGAAGGAGGACGUGCCGCUCUCCUGCGUCAACGAGAUCGACAACACGCCGCCACCGCAGGUGGCCUACAGCAAGGAGCGCAUCCCGGGCAAGGGCGUCUACAUCAACACCAGCUGGGAGUUCCUGGUGGGCUGUGACUGCAGGGAUGGCUGCCGGGACAAGUCCAAGUGUGCCUGUCACCAGCUGACAGUCCAAGCCACGGCCUGCACCCCUGGUGGGCAGAUGAACCCCAACUCAGGCUACCAGCACAAGAGGCUGGAGGAGUGCCUCCCCACAGGGGUUUACGAGUGCAACAAGAGGUGCAAGUGCAACAUCAACAUGUGCACCAACCGGCUGGUCCAGCACGGGCUCCAGGUCCGGCUCCAGUUGUUCAAGACCCAGAACAAGGGCUGGGGGAUCCGCUGCCUGGACGACAUUGCCAAGGGCUCCUUUGUCUGCAUCUAUGCAGGGAAGAUCCUGACAGAUGACUUUGCUGACAAGGAAGGGCUGGAGAUGGGUGACGAGUACUUCGCAAACCUGGACCACAUCGAGAGCGUGGAGAACUUCAAGGAGGGCUACGAGAGCGACGCCAAGUGCUCUUCUGACAGCAGCGGGGUGGACCUGAAGGACGAGGAGGAUGAGCAGACAGGCACUGAGGAGCAGGAGGAGUCCAACGAGGACAGCUCUGACGACAACUUCUGCAAGGACGAGGACUUCAGCACCAGCUCGGUGUGGCGCAGCUACGCCACGCGGCGCCAGACGCGGGGCCAGAAGGAGAAUGGGCUGUCAGAAACGGCCUCCAAGGACUCGGGGCUCACCCGGCAGAUCAGCCACGAGGAGACAGUGGCCACGGCCUCCUGUAAACUGCCUGUGUCAGAGGAGACCUCCAAGAACAAGGUGGCCUCGUGGCUGAGCUCCAACACCAUGUCCGAGGGCUUCCAGGACAACGACAGCGCCUCCUCCUUCAAGAUGAGUGAAGGUGGAGAAGCCAAACCCGGGAAAACGGAGCUCCCUGGGGAGAGGGAGAAACUCACUGGCCCUGCCCUGGGAGACCUGGAUGGGGAGUCAAAGGCCGUGAAGAAAGAUGUAAGGGAGGAGCACGAAGAUUCCUCUAAAAUUCCCGGGCUGAGCACCCUGGGCAGGAUGUACGGGUACAACCCCAGCCCCCCGAAGCUGGAGGGGAUCCGGAGGCCGACCAGCCGGACAGCCCUGCUGCAGAGCCGGCGCCACUCGCUGCCCCCGCAGCCCCCGGCCGACGACGUGAUGACGCUGUCGAGCACCAGCGACAGCGACGGGGAGAACGGGCAGGGGGCAGCAGGACACACCCCGGGAGCCACCAACGACAGCGACGACAUCCAGACCAUCUCCUCAGGCUCUGAGGAUGAGGAAGGGGAUGACAAGAAAAACUCCUCGUCUGGCUCAGGUCCUGUGAAGAGGCAGGUGGCCGUGAAGUCCACCCGUGGGUUUGCCCUGAAAUCCACCCACGGAAUCGCCAUCAAACCCACCAGCAUGGCGGCGGAGAGCGCCCCGGUGCGCCGCACCACGCGGCAGUUCUACGACGGGGAGGAGUCCUGCUACAUCAUUGAUGCCAAACUGGAGGGCAACCUGGGCCGGUACCUCAACCACAGCUGCAGCCCCAACCUCUUCGUGCAGAACGUCUUCGUGGACACCCACGACCUCCGCUUCCCCUGGGUCGCCUUCUUCGCCAGCAAGAGGAUCCGAGCUGGCACGGAGCUGACCUGGGAUUACAACUACGAGGUGGGCAGCGUGGAAGGCAAAGAGCUGCUGUGCUGCUGCGGGGCCAUCGAGUGCCGCGGGCGGCUGCUGGGACCCCCCUGGACCCCCACAGAUCCCCCUGGACCCUCCACAGAUCCCCCUGGAUCCCCAGGCUCCACGCUGGGGGGCAGGGAAGGGCAGAUCUGGGGGAGGGACGAGGAUGGAGCGGCCGGGGGGGACACCUGCAAGGGUGACAUGGCUGGGGUCUGA